ACAGCUGGCUGCUCCGACAUGAAUGUGCCUGCCCAGUAGAGAGAGCUGAAGGUAGCUAUUUCCUUUCCAUUUCAUAUCACAGGGGCGGUUAAAGGAAAACCCAUCCGUCUGAGCACAGUCGUGCCAGCUUGUGCGAACUGAACCCACACACCUGGCCUGGGCAUGGACGAACAGGCAGGGCCCGGCGUGUUCUUUAACAACAACAACAACUCGGGUUUGCCAGGCGCUGGCAAAGGACCGCAGCUGCCGGGCGACGUCGGUGGCGGAGAGGCGGCCAGGGCUCAUUACAACAUUCCGGGGAUAUUGCACUUUCUGCAACACGAAUGGGCCCGCUUCGAGGUGGAUAGAGCGCAAUGGGAGGUGGAGCGAGCCGAAUUGCAGGCCCAGAUAGCCUUCCUGCAGGGUGAGAGGAAGGGCCAGGAGAACCUGAAGAAGGACCUGGUCAGAAGGAUCAAGAUGCUGGAGUAUGCCCUCAAACAAGAGAGGUCAAAAUACCACAAGCUCAAAUAUGGAACAGAGUUGAACCAAGGAGACAUGAAACCUCCCAGCUAUGAUGAUUCCGAUGAAGGGAAUGAAAACGAGGUCCCGAGCCCCCCCAACAGUAGUCAGCUGGGUUGGAAACAGGGACGGCAGCUGCUCAGACAGUACCUUCAGGAGGUGGGCUACACGGACACCAUCUUGGAUGUAAAGUCCCAGAGGGUCAGGGCGCUGCUAGGCCUGGCUGGAGACUCCGGAGAGAGGCCGUCGGUCAGGAAACCGGAACCCAUGGUCAACGGCACCGAGCUAUCUUUUCAGAAGGACAGCGGCAUGAUCAGUAAACCUGACAUGUCUGACUCGGCCACUGUCCUUGAGGCCUUUAAGUUCAUAGAAAGCGCCGCCGCCGAGUUUAGCGACGAGGAUGAUGACGAAGACAGCGACGGGAGGGACAAGACCAUUAUGAACUUGGCCACUAUGGUGAGGAAGAAGACGUCUUCUUCCCCCUCCUCAUCCUCGGACAUGAGUGACGACCCGGACACAGAGGAGGCCCUGAAGGGCUUUGACUUCCUGGCCAGCCCAGAUGAGAUGGAAGGAUCGCCCGAUGUCCGGAGUGUCGAAGACAGCGGUGACUGGGAGAAGGAAGAGCAGUGCCCCAUGCCUGAGGCCUGGGACGUGGACCAGGGCCUCAUAGCCCAACUCAAGGAGCAGUACAGGAAGGAGCGCAAGGGCAAAAAGGGGGUGAAGAGGCCUAAUCGGUCCAAACUGCAGGAUAUGCUGGCCAACCUGCGAGACGCUGAGGAUCUCCCCUCCAUGCAGCCCCCCGUGACACCGCCAUCCCGGCCCAGCGUCCCCAGGCUCAACGAGCACGAAGUGGGCCACCCCGAAGAAGUGGAGGCCAUGACGUUUCCGCCCACGUCAGGGAAGUCGUUCAUCAUGGGGCCGGACGAGGCGGCGGAAAGCGAGCUAGGCCUGGGCGAGCUGGCCGGUCUCACUGUGGCCAACGAGGCGGACAGCCUGGCCUACGACGUGACCAACAGUCAGGAUGCGCUGCGGAAGACGUGGAACCCCAAGUUCACGCUGCGGAGCCACUUUGACUCCAUCCGGGGCCUGGCCUUCCACCCCGUGGAGCCCGUCCUGGUCACUGCCUCCGAGGACCACACCCUCAAACUGUGGAACCUCCAGAAGACCGCCCCCGCCAAGAAGUGUGCUGCCCUAGAUGUGGAACCCAUCUAUACUUUCAGGGCCCAUCGGGGUGCGGUGUUGUGUGUGACCAUGAGCUCCACAGGAGAGCAGUGCUUCAGUGGGGGGGUGGAUGGAACCAUUCAGAGCUGGAACACCCCUAACCCCAAUAUUGACCCCUAUGACUCAUAUGAGCCCUCGGUGCUGCGGGGUGCGCUGCUGGGUCACACUGACUCAGUGUGGGGAGUGGUCUACAGCUCGGCCCACCAGCGCCUGCUCUCCUGCUCCGGGGAUGGCACUGUGCGCCUGUGGAACGCUGCCAACACCUCCCCCGCACUCGCCAUCUUCAAUGAGAAAGGAGAACUGGGCGUCCCCACGUCAGUGGACCUGGUGUGCAGUGAGUCGGCCCACAUGGUGACGUCGUUCAGCACGGGGGAGAUCGGACUCUUCAACAUGGAGACGCGGCAGCUGAUCCUCAAGCUGGACCAGACUGGAGAGCCCGAAGCCCCGUGCAGGAUCAACAAGGUGCUGAGUCACCCCACUCUGCCCAUCACCAUCACGGCCCAGGAGGACCGACACAUCCAGUUCUUCGACAACAACACAGGGAAAUGUAUUCACUCCAUGGUAGCCCACCUGGACGCAGUCACCAGUUUAGCUGUGGAUCCCAAUGGCUUGUACCUGAUGUCUGGCAGCCACGACUGCUCCAUCCGCCUGUGGAACAUGGAGAGCAAGACGUGCAUCCAGGAGUUCACAGCGCACCGCAAGAAGUCGGACGAGGCCAUCCACGACGUGGCGUUCCACCCCACCAAGUGCUACAUCGGAAGCGCCGGGGCCGACGCGCUUGCCAAGGUCUUCGUAUGACUGCAAAUCCCAAUGGCUAACAGCUGCGUCCGGCUCGAAGGACCAUAAAAAAGGGGAUUAGGUGUGGUGUAACUGAAGGGAGAGAUGGAAGUUGGAGCCCAACUCAAAGGCAGUGUGGAAGGAAAUGUAGUGAGGUGAAUGGGUAACUAGCCACUGGUGUCUGAGUCUCAACCAGUGGCAGUCUAGAGUGAAGGUUAGACACCUGAUGGUUUGAAAGCUGAUAGGGAUGAAUGUUUUGAGAGAAGGCGGCUACUAUCCUUCCACCGUAUACUUCCUGUCCUACACACACACUCCCCAGCUAACCCGGGCGGGCCUGGGUGCUACAGCCAAACCAGGAGGAGACCAGUGGUCAAAGACCAAGUGGAUAUCCAGGAAAUUCUCAAGACCUGUACUCUCAUUUAGAAACAUUGCAUUUGUUUCCUAACUAACAGAAACACAAGACUCGUAUUCUGCACCCCCACCCCACCCCAGCCACCCCUAAAGAUUGUCUGUGUCUUCAAUGUCAUCAUUUUCAAAGAUUUCAUGAAAAUGUGCCUUUUUCGUCAGUCUUGCAAACAACGUUAUUUUACAGUUUGUGUGCAACGUAGGAGAUUUUACAGUUUGUGUGCAGUGUAGGAGUGGGCAGGGCGUUCAACAACAAGUUAUAAUUUAUUGUCCAACAUAGCACUGGACAUUGUCUAUUCCAUUUGAUCCAUAAAACUACGUUUGAAAAUAAUUAUUUUCAUCGGAUGUACACAGCAUAUAUAUGGCUAGUGGUCAAUGUCACAGUACUGUUUCAAUUAUUGAACGAGGGAGUUGGGAUCCACAAUGGCGUCCAAUCCACUGAAAUAUACAGUAGAGUGCCGAACUGGAGUCCCCCUAAAAAAAUAAAAAUUUAAAAGAAGUUUAAAGUAACCUGAAAGUCAGUUUGAAGUUGAAGUAAAGGUCAAGAGCCUGCAUUUCCUUGAUGUGUGAUUUAUUAUAGCCUUUUCUAUAUGUCAAUGUGGUUUUGUAUGUAAUCACAACAAAUUGGAAAUUACUCCAUUAUUUCAUCUCUUAAACAAGUACAAAUGUAGCUUUUUAAGUAGUGCCUAUUGUCCACAUACUUGUUUUGCUUUAUCUUGAAAAGCCAAACCCAUGAAAAUAAUUGCUAAAUGACUUAAAUGACAAUUAUUUAAAUGACUUAAAUAAUUGAAUUGUUUAAUGAAACUUUGCUAACAAAAUUCCUACAUAUUAGCCCAUAUGAAUCUGUCACCUAAGUGAGAAGCCAUCCUUGUAUUCCAGCUUGCUUUGCUUCACUGUUGAAUCAGUGUCCAGAUCUAAAUUGCCUGUACACAGCCAAAACACUGACUUAGCCAGGCCACAUCCUUUCUUAAACUUCAUUUAGUUUCCAAUUAAAUUGUAAAUGCUUUUAUGCUUCAGUUCUCCUAGGUACAAGGAGUGCCUAUUUGGUGUUUGGAUGUUCCAUUCUUUACGUAAAUAGGGCAGCAACAUUGUAAUAUACUGUAGCAAUAUAAGUAGAAGCGUUAACUCUUAACAAGAACUGUCCUGUGACAAUUUGCUAGCAGUAGAUCAAUUUCUCAAACCUUGUUUCACAAUUUAACAGAAUUGAUUGAUCAAUGUUGUGGUUUGACCUAAUUUGAAUACAUGCAGCUUUAUCAUGCAUUUAUAGUUGAACCAGACAAACUGCACUGAAAAUGGUUUGCAGUGACACAAUUAUUCAUUUGAUUGUUUUUUUAUUUGAGCUGUGUAUUUAUGCCUCUGUCAUUUAAGCCAAAAUAAUCAACCAAGUAUUGUCUUACAAUGACAAGAUGCUUCACAUAGAGCCUGCAGAUGUGAAGUUUCCUGCAACUGCUAAAUUGGCUCUUUCAGCUUAUAAUGCUAAGUUAGCUCUUUUGCUAAUGCUAAGUUAAUGCUAAUGCCAAGUUAGCUAUGACUGCUAAGGUAGAGUCUUCAUAGAUAUCCUGCUUGCCACUGUGCUGAGUUAGCCCCUUGGCUCCCAUUUUGACUGCAGAACUGAGGUCUCUUAGUACUCAACUGUGUUUAGGCGAUAUGACCAGCACUGGUCAGAAAGCAGGGUAAAUGCUUUAUGUAAUAACUGUUUGAAAAUAGAAUUUUGUCUAAUUAUUUUGAGCAAUUACUAGUUUUUUUAAUUUACUAUACAUGGUUGGUGAAAAAGGUAAAUCCUUGUUAAAUACAGGUAGAUAUUUUUUUAAAGAAUAUUUUCUGUUUUACUUGAACAUUUAGGAGUUAUUCCUUGGGGGAUUUGUGUACUUUGUUUUUUUUGUAGUGGAGUGGUUGGAGAUUUGCCGGUCUUAUCAAAAGUUAUGCCUUUGGUUGUGAGCACUACAAAACAAUACAGAUUUUGUCAUUUAUUCUCCAAGUUGUCUCAUCUGCAGUUGAACAGUGAGAGAUUAGGAUUUCGCUAUCUACCAAAUGCUUUGGUCUAAAAUAAGGACUGUUGAAUGAUGAGGAUGGAUCAAAAUCUGUGGGGAAUUUGGUGUGCUUGCGUUGUACAAAGAUCUUUUUUUAUUUACUUUGGUGUCAGGUAAUUUUAGACAAUGUAAGGGAGAGAACAAAAACGUGUACAGUUUUAAAGUAUAAAAAAAUGUAUUUAUUAACACAGUAUAUUGAGUGGCUAAACAUGGUGAUGUGAAAUGGAGUCAGUAUGUAUGGUACCCUUGUCGUGGUAAACGUACAGUAGUCUCAUCACAACACUGAGUCGUUGAACAAAAGAGGAGUUGGUAUAGAGCCCCCUGCUGCUCACAAUAUGGAAGAACCAUAUUUCAGCAGGUUGGCUCUCAUUUCAUGUCUUUUAAUGGGUAUGUCCAUGACAGAAUAAUGAGGGCUGACCAUAGGCUAGUGUUUUUGUUUGUGUGUUUUUGGUCGUAGAGAACAACUUUAAAUACUAGUCUUCUCCAAAUCAGUUUGAUUGAGCUGUCGUUUUUGAGACGGUGUGUCUAUCAUGACUGCAUACUGUCGUCAAUUGGAAUAAUAAUAACCAAGCAAACAGUGGUCCUCCAGAACCAGAAGUCGGACAAGAACUAGGAGUUGAACAAAGAAUUAUUGUACUGUGAUAGGCAGUGUUAAAGCAGAAUGCUCGAGUCUAAAUAGUGACUCAUAUAUGCGUCAAAUUCACUUGUCCAUUCUGAGCAGCAGGGGGUGUUGCUUACGAGCAAUACAAAGUGAAUGAGAAGAGAUCACACAAAACAAAGAACCUAUUAAUAACCAAUGGGAAAAUAAACAAGUCCUGGGCGAAACCAAGCUUGCCAAUUGUAAAUCAAAAGUAAUUCCCCUUUUAACCUCCAGUUGUAUAGAGAAUUCUUUUCAGAUGUGAAUUUGAUAAAUAUGCUAAUUGGACUGUACAUACAGUACAUAUAAUUAUUGUCAUUAUAGUUUAUUCUUUUUUCAUGAUGUAUUGUAUUUUUUCUCAGAUGGGGGAUUGACAGAUUUAUCAAUAACAACAAUAAAGGAAUAUGUUGUAUAUCA